CGGAGGAAAAAAAAGCGCAGGACGCUAAUAAGUCAGUCUUAUUAUUUGUUCUCCAGUUUGAAAUAUUGACGUCGUAUAAAAUACAUCUUUGAUUCUUUAUUUAAGGAUCAAAUCGUCUCGAUGCGCUAGAAGCACUGUGCCGCUUCUCCUGCUAUCUUUGCUUGUUAGUUAGCUUAGCUCGCUAGUUAGCUUAGCUUGUUAGCUGCUGACAAAAAGACGCGGAAGUUAUCAACACAUCGCUAAGUAGAGAUCAAAUGUGAGUGUCAAGUGUUGUGAUUGUGUGAAAAUGUGCGAAAGAACGAUAGCAAAGUACGAGGAAGAACUUUGUCCAACAAAAGAGGAGAAGGAGCGACAACAUCAACUACUGGAUGUUUAUUAUAAGAAACAUCAUCGAGUUGUGUUACACAGAACAGUCCCGUCCUUGCACGCUACACCGCUACAACAAAGAUGGCGGGGAGAAGACGCUGUCGAAGACAUCUGUGAAGAACAUCUUCUCUCUGAGCAACAGGAGUGGAGCUUCAGGAUGGUGAAGGAGGAGCCACAGCCCUCUUAUUAUAAAGAGGAAGACAAGGACCCACUCAACACCCACUUUAAAGGCAAAGAGGAGGUGCCAGAAACCUCACACUUUAAAAAGAAAGUGAAAGAUGCACUGACCCCCAACAUUAAACAGAACAAGGAUGAACCACUGACCCUCCACUUUAAAGAUGAAGAGGAGGAACACAACAUCAGUCAGGAAGGAGAGCAUAUUGAAGGACUGGUGGAGUUCCCAAUGAUUGUUGUGCCUGUGAAGAGUGAAGAUGAUGAGGUCAAAAGUGAAAGUGAGGAGAAGAGAGAGGCGGAGCCUCCAAGCAGUAACUCAACACAACACAUGACAACAGAAGCUGAUGGAGACCACUGUGGAGGAUCACAAGCCGACAAGCUCUUAGCUCCACUAUCAGAUAGUGAGGACACAACGUCACACUCUCCUGACACUGAUGAUGAAGACUCUAAAGAUGAUAAGACAUGUCACACUGACAACACUCACUUGAAAUGUUCUCACUGUGACAAAACAUUUAAAUAUCAUAGUCGUCUGAAAGUGCACAUAAGAAGACACACUGGAGAAAAACCCUUUACCUGCUCAGAAUGUCAUAAAGAAUUUGCACUAAGUCAAAAUUUAAAAUUACAUAUGAGAAUACACACCGGAGAAAAACCUUUUAUCUGUUCAAUCUGUGGUAAAGGUUUUAGAAAAAAACAGUAUUUGAAAGAACACAUGAGAACACACGCCGGAGAAAAAUAUUUUAUCUGUUCAGUCUGUACUAAAGGUUUUGUACAAAGUAACACUUUGGAAGUACACAUGAGAACACAUACUGGCGAAAAACCUUUUUCCUGUUCAACCUGUGGUAAAGGUUUUACACAAAGUCAACAUUUGAAAAGACACACGAGAACACACACUGGUGAAAAAUCACAUUCCUGUUCAAUUUGCAACAGAAGCUUUUGUGAACAAUCAAACCUUGUAAGACACAUGAGAACACACCCAGGAGAGAAAGUGUUGAGUUGCAGUGUGUGUGGUGAAAGAUUCUCUUAUAAGUACCAGUGUAAGAAACACCAGUGUGCUGGUGAGAACAGCAGCAGCAAAUGAAACUGCAGGAUUUGAAAUAAACUGUCAAGACUUUAAUUUUGACUUUCUAACAACAUCAGCACAUAUAACAUGUGACAUUGUUGUUUGUGUAACAAUCUUUGUAACAUGCUUCUACAUGUAUAGAUUAUAUAUUUUGUAUUAGUGCUUUUGUCAGUCAAGUACAUGCAUUAAUAUGCAACAUUGUGUACUUUUAUUAAAAAUUGAACAACACGUCACAACCUGCCCGAUCAGACUUCCAGCAAAGCAUUGGUGUCCUCUGUAAAGGACAAGUAUGUAUUUGUCAUGGAAAAACACUCACAUGUGAUUUGUUGAUUACAAUUAACAAUCUGUCUUCCAAAAUGGCAGCUCACCUGUUUUAUAGGCACAAGAGAACCAAGUUAUUGUGUUUUUCAAAGUUAAAAGUCUGUUUUUCAAGCACAAGUCUUUAAUCAGUUGUUCGACGGGGUUUUGGUAACAUGAAGUCUUUUUAAGACACAUUUCCUUAUGUCCUCUGUAAUGUUCCAUGUUCUCAAUAAAACAUCAACAGUUUGUCUUCUCGUGCUAGUACAUGCUAUAUGUCACUUUGGGGAGUUUAUAGGGGUAAUAUAUUUUUGGUGUAAACUUUGGGAGGUGAACCGCACUUCAGACUGUGUGGUUGAGUGUGUUGUGUUGGUGGGGUGAUAUAUAAUAUGAGGGAUUCAUUUGUGUGGUAUUAAAAAUAACCUUGA